AUGACUACAUUAAAACAGCAAAUUACCCGUAAUCCAUUUCAAAAAACUACACCUAAGUCUAUUGUUCCUCCUCUUCAUACUAAUUUAUCUGUUGCCCAGUCAUUACCAUGUCUUGGGAGUCUAUCUUCUCCUAUUCAUUCUCCUUAUCGUUCAAAAAGUUCUCGUUCAAGCCAUCAAACUCUAAGAACCAUAACAUCUUCUAACCAAGAAAAUCCACAAACUCCAUUAAUAACAACUCCAGACCAACAUACAAAUUGUUCUUUACGUAAAAUCCCUUCUAAAUUAUCAAAAGUAUGUAGGCUCUUUUAUAAUGAUGAUAAAAGGAAAAAACAAUCUACAUGUACUGAUUCUGAAAUAUUUCAAAUAUGGAAAGAUAUACUUAUAGAUAUUAAGAAUGAUGGAACAAGUAAAAAAUGGAGACAGACAUGGAAGAAUAACAAUUUGGUUCUAUUUGAAGAUUUUAUAAUAAAUGAUUUAAAAUUUAUUAGAGAAUAUGUUUGGUGUCUUCCGAGAGUUAAAAGAGAAGUAUUAGCUUGUCUUGUUAAUUGUGUCAAACUGGGAUAUAUUGAUGACUCUUUAUUUCAAUACUAUUUAUUGAAUAAUCAAAAUUUUAAAGAAGCUUCAUCUUUUAUUCAAACUUUACUUGAUAACUCAGAAUAUAUUUUUGAUUCUAAUGGAGAUCCUUGUUAUAAUGAAGAUGGUUUUAUCAUUCAAAUAUCCCCUAAAAAAUUCUUCUUAGUUUGUCUCCAUGAAAUAUUAGGAAGUGAUGAUUUAAUUACUUUUUUUACUGAAUCAUAUCCAUUUUUCAGUGACUCACUUACUAUUCUUCGUUGGUGUUUUGAAUAUCAUAAAAAAAUUAAAAAGGAUUUUUUAAAUCAAAGUGUCAACACUGAAAAUAGUAUGGAAUUAAUGAGACUAGAAAAACUUAUUCUUGGAGUUUUAUCAAAAAAAGAAUCUUUGGACGAAGAAAUUGCUAGUGAAGUAAAACAUUACUUCUGUACAGGAAUGUAUUCGAAUUCUUUCACUGUGUCAGUUAUUGAAAUAUUAAACAAUAAAGUUAUAGGUGAAACAAAAAAAGUUUCUCCAAUCACCCCUUCUUUAAAAGAAGAGAAAAAACAGAAAAAGUCUAAAUCAUCUGAUGAAAGAAGAACUGAAUAUAUAGAAAAUAUCAAUGAAGUUCAAGAUGUAAAUCGUGAAAACCUUUUCACUAUUCAUCCUUUAAUUGUUGCUCAGCAAUUAAUUUUCUUUGACUCUUCAAUGUUUAAUGUAAUCCAACCAAUCCAAUUCUAUAAUUGCAACAGUUGUUGUAUUAACAAAUAUAUCUCAAAACUAACUGGUGUAAAGUGUCUUAUUCAAAAACACACUACCUCUCUUGAGACAUUUUCUUUCUUUUUAGAAGUUGCUAAAUUUUGUAUUGCUCUUAAUGACUUUAAUAUGGGAUAUAUCAUCUUGGAAGAACUCUUAUUUUUAACAAAAACAAAUAAGGAUUUAUCUCAAUUAUUAUCUCAUGAAGUUGAACAACAAUUAACAAAUAGCUUUGCUUUAUUCUCCCCUGUGAAACGAUAUGACACCUAUAAAAAUGCAAUUUACUCUUUACUCUCAACAGAAAGCUUUAUUCCAUGCAUCUUUAUCCUUGAAAAACAAUUGAAAAAACUUAACAAAAAACCACUCAUUGAAAACAAUCUCCUCAAUAUUGUUUCUAUCAAAGAACAUUACCAACUUAUCCAAUUAUUCAUUUAUGCUUUACAAAACCCUUACCAAUUAGAACAAAAUGUAUCGUUUCAAUUUUUCUUUCAUUCCAUGUUUAAUUAA